UUUAAUGUCUCCAAUUACAAGCUUCCUGUCCCAGCCGAUAUGCAGAAAGAAGUUUACUCGAAGGCUGUCCUGGAUUGGGUCGUUCAAAGAAAUUUGACCUGCAAGGAAGCGCAAUCGAACCGAUCGAUCUAUGCCUGUGGCGCCAACAGUAAUUGCUCUGAUUUCACAAACGGGCAGGGUUAUCGUUGCUUCUGCAAGCUUGGGUACACGGGGAAUCCCUAUGCCUCCCCUGGAUGUCAAGACAUCGAUGAGUGCAAAGAUCCACGACAAUAUCCAUGUCAUGGAAAUUGCAAGAAUACACUCGGGAACUACACAUGCAACUGCCCAUUUGGCAUGACUGGUGAUGGCAAAGUUGGCUGCCAAAUUUCUCGUCUCGCCAUAGUUGCUGCAGUGAUUGCUCUGCCCAUAUGCGGCAUAACUUCUGUUGCUUUAGUCAUUGACAAGUGGAGGAGGACAAGAAAACAAAAAAACUUCGGACGAAAUGGAGGUCAGCUCUUGAAACACCAGAGAGUUCAAAUUUUUACGAAGGUGGAGCUGGCAAAAGCAACCAACAACUAUGAUGAUAGCAAUAAGCUUGGCGAGGGCGGUUUUGGUUCUGUCUAUAAAGGCAAAAUCGGGGGCACCAUGGUCGCAGUCAAGAAGCCUAAAGAUGUACACGAGUCUCUAAUCAAGGGGGAUUUCCAGCAGGAACUUGAAAUUGUGAUGCAAAUAAACCACAAAAAUGUGGUGAAGCUCCAUGGCAUAUGUUUGGAGACUCGAAUACCAUUGCUGGUUUAUGAAUACAUUUCAAAUGGUACCCUCUCCCAACACAUCCAUCGGAAUACAUCAGCCAUCUUGAGAUCGUGGAAGAACCGGCUCAGAAUAGCCACUGAAGUAGCUCUUGCACUCGAGUAUAUGCAUUCCUGUGCAGAACCCCCAAUCAUUCGUGGCGACAUCAAGUCGGUGAACAUACUUCUAGAUCAAAAUUACUCCGUAAAAGUAUCUGAUUUUGGAACUUCAGUACUUAUAUCGCCAGAGCAUAGUCAUGUUUUAGCCAAUGAAAUACAAGGCACGUGGGGUUACAUCGAUCCAGAAUAUUUAGUCACCGGUAUGCUAAUGGUCAAGAGUGAUAUAUAUAGCUUUGGAGCUGUCCUAGUGGAGUUGCUCACGGGAAAGAAGCCUACACAUUUUAUUACUAAGUCCGAAGAGUCAAUCAAUAUCAUUCAUUAUUUCAUCUCUUCUGUGAAGGAUAAGACACUUUACAACAUCAUAAACUUCGAGGGUGCUAGCGAAGAUGAAAUGGAGAGAGUAGGAAUGGUGGCUGAAAUUGCAGUGAAGUGCUUGGACCAAAGUGGUGCAAGGAGGCCGUCAAUGAGCGAAGUGGCUGCGCAACUCACCAGGAUUAACCGCGAGCUCGAUGGUUUGACAAUUGAAGAAAACAAUGAAUACGAAGUGGAUGAAGAAAACCUCCCAUCCCAUUCGACUUCAGUUAUUUGCGAGACAAGCCUACUGGGACGUCAAGCUCUCUGUUUUGAUCAGUGAAUGGAUUCUGCAGGUUCCAGCAUCUGAUCCUUAUUACCAUAACAACAUGUCUAUUAACUGUCCAUAUGGACUUCUAGGUCAAUUAUGCAUUCUGAAUAUAUAUUAUGUUUGGCAGUGUCUUUGGACUCAUAGUUGUGCAGGCAUUCGUGCAAGUUUAAGUGUCACAAUCUAUAUGAUAUAUGCACAGCUAUGCACUGAAGUAGACUUAAAGAAGGCUAGCAUACGGCCAUUCUC